AUGGCAAUAGAUCACACCCUGCCCUGGUGGUCCUUCAUGUCCUCCUACAGAAGUGACAGUGAUGGGAAAGAGAAUGAAAUUUUUGGCUGUGCCUCUGAGAACCCCUCAAACUGCUGCAGAUGUGCCGAUUCCAGCACAUCCCGUUCAGUCACCCCCGCCAUCCAGCCCGGCCCCGCCGGCUCCGCGGUGCAGAGCCCCGACCGCCGCCACCCUGCCACCUCUCUCGCCUACCCUCGGCAUCCAACUCGCACCCGACGAGAGCCCGAGAGUUGCUGGCGUUGGGCUCACCCCUGGAGAGCAUUUGUCGGCGGAGAGCAGGGGAGGGAGAGGAAGGCAGAGGAGGGAGUGGAGGCGGACAGGAGGUGGCCCGCCCGGGGCAGAGAACCGGGGCUGGAGGAGGCAGCGACACGCCGGGCAGCGGAUCGCCGGCUGCGGCGCUGGUGGGGAGCGGGGCUGCUCCCGGGCCACAGCCCCGAGUUCCUGGUACGCGCUGUUAAAGGGUCCAGAGAGCUGAGGGCGCCAGCUGGGCUGCUGUCGGUGUCGGGAGAUGGUCGUUGGACCGUCCUCUGGCUCUCCAGGUCACGUCAUGGGGACGCGGCCCCGUAUUCCGCUGCCCUGGCGCACACGGACUCAAAGAAAACCACUUCUUUUGCGAUUGUGGCUACUGCAGAAAGGAAAGUGGUUUUCCUGCUGCAUUUGGGAUGGGAUGUUGGGGCAAUCCUGUGUGAGAAUGGCACAGGCCCUGCCGUCCUUUCUGAUCUCGUCUGGCCUUCCCUCCAUGCUAGAUGUGAGGCUGCAGAGCAGAAACAGAAGGUACCACUGGGAACUCUGAAAAAAGACUCAAAAUCACAUGAGGAAAAGCAGAAACAACUGACAGAGAAAAUCCGCCAGCAGCAGGAAAAACUGGAAGCUCUGCAGAAAACCACUCCAAUUCGAUCUCAAGCUGACUUGAAGAAACUGCCUCUGGAAGUGAAUGCACGACCUUCAGGAGAGCACACCCGACCUCCGCCUCCUUUGCCUGAUGUAAUCAAGAACGCUCCCAGCAGACCACCAGGAUCUUCACCUCCUCCCAAGUCCAGCAGUCAACUGAAAAAGAGCUCUUCAGAUUGUCCAAAUACCAGCUCUUCCAAGCUGGCCAGCACGCUCUUCACAGAGGAGGUCAGCACUUCCAGGACACACCAGAACACUGUGACAUCUGGGAAGUCUAACAGCACUUUAAAAACUCUUGCCAAACAAGGUACAGCCACGAAGUCCCUCUCUGCUGGCCUGCAGAGCCCUAAAAGCCCACGUGAGACACCCAGCCCAAAAGCUGCCAAGGUGCCAGCAGUAAAGAAAUCUGCCUCUGGCAAAUGCUCACAGGCCUCCAGCACUCGGAAGAGGACCUUGAACAUCCCAGAGGAUGGGUCUGAGGAGGAGGGGGAGCACAAAAAGGAGAGGACAAAACGAGGAAAAUUUGUGGCAGUGAAAGAAGAGAAGGAUUCCAAUGAGGUGGUAGUGGAGCUCACAGACAGUGCUGGAGAGGAAGAGCUGGUGGAACUGAAGAAAGCUCAGAAAGAUAAGGGGCUGCAUGUGGAGGUGCGUGUGAACAAGGAGUGGUUCACGGGCCGUGUCACAGCUGUGGAAAGGGGCAGACAUGCGAUCCGGUGGAAGGUGAAGUUUGAUUAUAUCCCUACAGACACCACACCACGGGAUCUCUGGGUAGAGAAAGGAAGUGAGGAUGUGAGGCUGAUGAAGCCUCCCUCUCCUGAGUACCAGGCUCCAGACACACAGCAGGAAGAGGAGGUGGUUGUGGCUGAACCUUCUACCUCAGACUGCGUCAGAAUCGAGCCCGACACCACUGGUCCCAGCAGCAGCCAAGAAACAGUUGACCUUCUAGUCCAGAUCCUUCGCUCGGUGCUUUCUCUUGACAUGUCAUCUGUUGUGUUUUGUCUGCUGCAGAAAGAAUAUUUCAAGCAAUAUGAGGCGGGUCUGCAGAACCUGUGCAAUUCAUAUCAGACACGCGCCGAUGCCCGGGCCAAAGCCUGUGAGGAAAACCUCCGGAACUCGGAGAGGAAGCUGAGGGAAACAGAGGAGAAACUACAGAAACUGAGGACUAACAUCAUGGCCCUUCUGCAGAAAGUGCAGGAGGACAUUGAUAUUAAUACAGAUGAUGAACUGGAUGCAUAUAUCGAGGACUUGAUCAUGAAAGGAGACUGAGCAGCCCUAGUACGAGUCCUGGAGAAGUGCAGAGGAGCUGGCUGCUGCAGUGGGAGAUGUGGAUUCCUGCAGGGUUGGCCUGGGGCAGCUGAUGACGGAAGAGGGUUUUUAAACAGUGCUCCUGUUGGUGUGCAACUUGUUCCUGUGACUGUACAUGCAAAGCAUUUGUGCUGUUGACAGGAAAAUUUUCAACAUUGUAGUUCUCUGAA